AUGGCCCAAACAUUUCAUCUGCUUUUGCUUCAGAGCUCGUGGGUGGAUGGGGGCGGGAAGGAGGCUGGGGAAAGGACUGAUGCCAGCCUGCUGUCUUAUAGGGAGCUAGACACACGUGGCCACACCAUUAGCCUCCUGUUCAGCUUCUAGACGGGUUUCAUCUGGGACACCUACAUAGUCCUCGCUUGGAACAACACCGUAUAAAGCUGCCCUGGUGCUAACUCCUCUUCUGAAUAACCACACACCGAAUACAGAAGAACAGAAGAUGGGGCCACAAAAAAAGAAGACCACAGUCAGGUGCCAGAAAGAGGUGACACCUAG